AUGAAAAUACCUGUUUAUUUAUUAUGUAAAAUGGCUCAGCGUUCCGAAAAAAAACGUGCAGAUCGAGAAAAAAAAGUUGGAAGAUAUUACACACUAGUUUUUUUGUUUUCAGUUAUUCUUUGGGCUCUUAAGUUUGCCAGAGACCUCUAUCACAAAAAACUCCCUUACACAAAGCUUGGGUAUUUCUGGCGCGUUUCUCUCAUACUUUUGGGAUAUUCGUUUAGUUUGUAUAGUAUUUUCAGCAACUUGAAGCUUGGACUCGAGUUCAGCCUGUCUAACGACCUUUUCAUAGUAACAACCGCCGCCACUCUUCUGUCUGUUUUCUUUGACUUUGCAUAUAAGCUGUUCCUGACUGUCCCCCUUUAUGGUAUAUAUAAAGGGUCAGUAUCUUUCUACAAGUGGGCAACAACUCCGUCUCCUCAAGUUCCCCAAACUCCUCAGAAUCAGGAACCUAAAAAGAGAAUAAAGUACAGGACAGUAAGAGGAGGAUCACCAAAAGAUUCCAAAGAGAUGGAUUUUAGUGAAAAUGAUAAUUUACUUGAAUCCGAAUCUCUACUGACAUCCACUGAAAAUCAGGUCAGUAAUUCUGAUCUGGAUACAAGUGGUUCGUCCAACACACAAAGUGUCUACGAUACUAGGGAAAAGGGCAACGAGUUGUUUUCGAAAGGCGACAUUGAUGGCGCCAUUGAAAAGUGGUCAAACUCCAUAAACUCACUAUCGUACAUCUUAAACAAGUCUAAGAGUGAGACCAAUUCAGUUACGGAGGAGUCACUGAACGAGUACACCAAAAUGUACGUGGCACUCUGUUCUAACCUGUCGUUGGCGUUUCUGAAAAAGGAGGAUUUUGCCAUGUGCAAACAGUACUGUCACUAUGUUUUAAUGUACGAUGAGAAGAACCUCAAGGCUCACUUGAGGAUUGUUCAAGCUGAUAUAAAACUAAAGAACUUUGACAACGCCUUGUCGAAUUGCGAGAAGGGUUUGAGUUUGAACCCUGAAGAUAAGGAGUUGAAGGGUCUAAAAACCGUCAUCAACGAUCUCUUGAAGAAGCAAAAAAAGGUUGACGCGCUUUUCGCCAGGAAAGUUUUCAAGAAAAUCGAACCCGACCCUCGCACCGAGCCUGACCCGUUUGAGGAACUAAAGAAGUCCAAGUUUUAUCGUUUCAAUCACAUGAUUUUGAUGAUGUACUACAGGCUCUACCUGAUUACCAAAUUUGGCUGGGACUGUUUCAAGAAAGCUGUUUUACUUUCUUUCUCCUAUUAUUCUAAGCUCAGUUCUAGUCUCAGACGGUUCUUCGACAAAUACAAGGAGGACUAG